ACAACAAGAGCUAAACCAGAUUAAAACUAUUGACAGCUCUAGAAGAUAGAGCCACUUAGAGAAAGCCACACAUACCCUUUCAUAGUAUAACCACAAUGGUUCAUCUAAGAAAAACCAUUCACAAGACCAAACGUUUCUUUCACAGAAGUCUAAAAAAUUUCAGGUCUCUUUUCUCUGGAGGGUACCAAAAACUUCCAAGAUCAAUUUCCUUUGGUCCACACCUUUGUAAUAUGGACAAUGCAAAAGCUUAUGCAAGUGACCAAUUCUACAAUGAGUUUUAUGAUCUCUUACAGUCUGAUCUCAGCAAAAUGAAGAAGGUUGGUAACAAUAACAUCAACAUAUCCAAGUCAAAAGAGCCUGCAAUGGAAGAUUCUGCAAGAAAUGGAAACUUCAUGUGUUUUGCAAAGGAAAGUCCACAAAAAAGCACUUAUGAUGUAACAGAAAAAGCGAAGAUGAUGAACUACAGUAGCUCGUCGCAAUCACAACUGAUGAAAAAGGAGGAUAACACGAAUAAAGGAGCUCAUGUCUUGGCACAGAAGAUGAAGGAAUUGGAUAUGAUGGAUUCAGGUGAUCUUGAACAUGUAUUAGACAUAGAAGAAGCACUUCACUACUAUUCUCGUCUUAAAAGUCCGGUUUAUGUAGACAUUGUGGACAAGUUUUUCAGGGACAUAAACUCGGAGUUUAUUGUUCCACAGCCCUCUGUCAGCUUCAAAAGCUCAAAGGAAAGACUCGGUCCGAUUCAGUUAUAUAAAAGAUAAACCAUUUAAUCACAAUGCAAAUCAUGUUCUAGUAUAUAGGAAAAACCAGUUCUACAUCACUAUUUGUAUCUCUAGUCUUGUUUUCCUCCAAUCCAGUUUUCUGUACUAUUUACUCUAUUUGGUUUUGUUUAAA